AUCUUUAUUUUAGGUUAUAGAAAUCUAUUGGCUUAAAUAUAUACUUUAUUUCAUUUCAGUUUUCAUGGGUGGCUCUUUAGUCAAAACAAAUUAUUAUGUAUUGCGGUUUUAUCAUUAUCUGCGAACAAUAUAAGGCAAUUAAAUGGGUUAAAAGAUGUAGAAGAGGUAACGAUAUCAAACCAAUAGUCUAGAAAACCGAUGUUGGGAUCAAAAAUAUUGUGUUACGUAUCAGUAUAAGUUGUUAAAUGUUUUGACAACCAGAAGGGUGUAGAGUUGUGACGAGGGUCCUCUGCGCUAAUUAUUCAAACUGGUAAUAUUUUAGAAAAAAUUUGUUUUCACGCACGUUGGGUAAAUAAAUUUUCGUGACCUCGCUGUUUUCAUGCAAAAUGUUUGCACUUUUGACUUGUAUUUUUCAUUUUCUGAGUCAUCGUUUUGUCCUUGUAACCAUUUAAUGUAAUUCUUACCAAGUGUUCUAAUUUUAAAGUCUGGUUUUCUUUAUCACGUCGUUCUAAUUACAAAAAUUCUCGCUUGGCGAUACAAACAUGGAGUGCGACUUACAAUGUGCGUAUUCGUAUUCAUCAUUCGAUUCCAAAACACCUUCAAUAACAAUCGAAGACAAUCAAGAAGAAAACUAUUUGAUAUCAUAUCCGUCGGAAGAAGAAAUUAAAAGUCAUCGAAACAGCUUUGAUGAAACUAAGUUUAAUUAUUACAUUGAUCCAGUAACUGGGGAAGUCAAAGAGGAAGGAGGAAACGAGGAUUAUAAGUUAUGUGGGGCGGUUAAUGACUUCGAUAUUUCGUUAGAGACGGGAGAGGCCGUACCUAUUGUUUAUCUUUCGACGUCUAGAGCGGCGAAGCUGCAGCGCUCUUUGAGACUGUCCGGACUUAAAAAGUUAGGGGAAGGGGUGGAGCUGACACUGGGUGAGCUGCGCGCAAUGGCACUACGCCAGCAGCAACAGAUCGACACACAACACCAACUUCUGUGUGCCAAAGAGCAGAGGCUGAGGUACCUGAAGCAGCAAGAGGCGCGACAGCAUCAGGUAGCCGUAGAGGGUGAGCGGUUACGACGGCUACGCGAGCGCGUUGAGGCUCAAGAGCAAAAGCUACGGCGACUACGAGCGCUACGAGGCCAACUUGAUAGAAAUAAACAAACUAAUAUUGCAUUAACCAGCGACUUAGAGUCAAUACGAGCCCUCUUCAAUGAGAAGGAAAAAGAGUUGUCUGUGGCGGUGGCGAAGGUGGAGGAGCUGACACGGCAGCUGGAGGAACUUAGAAGAGGAAGAGUACAACCUGCACCUCCCUCGGCCCAUGAGCUGGACAAACUGAGAAGAGAGCUUAUGUAUCGGAACAAGCUGAACGAACAGCAGAACGGGAGAUUAUCAGCGCAGAGGGCAGCACUAGGCGCCCGGCAAGAAGAGAUGAGGAGCAUCGAUCGAAGGGUGUCAGAACUCCAAGCAAGGCUUUUGAGGAAACGGGCUCUCAACAGACAGCUAACUGCUGCUCAUAGACAGCCGCAGCAGAGAAAUAACAAUCCCACGCCGAUGCAGCAACUGCCCAAUUACCCCGCUGGUAACCAGAUUAGCCAACCAAAGAACCCACAAAGAGGCAACGUGGCUGCUGUAGAGCCAUAUAACCAUAUACCACACGCGCAGAGCGUGCAUAACAACAAUUUCCAGGCUAUGAAGCAGAAUAAUGUGCCAUUAAAACAACUAACACAAAGUGAAAACAUCCAAAACCACCUCACGCAGCAAGAAGCUCAUUUUCUACAGCAAAAACCACUGAUGAACCCCCUAUACAAUGGCAACUAUCACAUUCAACAAUCGCAGGAACAAUAUCCCACCCAGUACCCAAACAAACCGGAUACAAAUGCAUUUAACCACGUUCAGCAGGGAAUAACGAAUUCCUACGAAAAAUCUAUAUUCGAUCACGUUAACAAAUAUUCCGAUUUCCCAAAACAACAGUAUAGUCCAAACAGCACCAGCAGUUCAAACAGCAAUCAAAAUGUAAAAGAACCUAAAAUUAAUGAACAAGAAUUCCCUCCAGAAUUUGCUGCGAGCAAAUCGGAUCCUAAAUAUCAAACGCUUCCAUAUAACACGAAAUUCCCUAAUGGAAAAGUGAACGGAAAAGAAGAUAAGAAUCAAAAUGUAAACCAUAUGACGGUGCAUUCUACGCCUCUUUCGGUUGUAAAUAAAAGCCUCGCGACACCUCUAAGUCAAGAAACAGCAUAUCAAGAGCAGACAUAUCAGCUACAAAAAUCAGAUUCAUCCAGCAGAUGUAAUCAAGAAGGAAAAGAAAAUCAUGCAUAUCAACAGAAUUCUAGGUUAAGUAAUAGUCAAGAUUCGAAGAAUGGCAAAAGUCAGGGUAAUUUGAAAGGAAGUUCGCCAAGCAUGUUGUCUAGCUCCUCAGCCAGCAGUUCUAUAGGAUUCGGGAAACCCGUAUCGAGUGUAGCCCCUACAUCGGUUCAGGUCGGCAAACCAUCACCCAUUUACCAGACAUCCUCGACAAAAAUCCAGCCGGUUCAACCGCAAACCGUUCAGACACAGACCCUUAACGCUAAUCCUUCCCAAAACCAGAUCAGAAACACGGCAUCGGGCAUUUCGAACUUGAGCGGCCAGAAUUUGUCACAAAGCCUGCUUUUGUCGCCUCCGCAAAGUGCCAGCACUCCCCUUUCGACACCCGACGUGAGCGCCGACAAAUCGCCUAAACCAGCGCUACCUCCCAAACCCAGUAUCAAGACUCCACCGAGACAGUCGGCUAACAACGAUACUGGUUUUCGCGAAGCGAACCCACCUGACUCAACAGAGAGCGAAUCUCAGAAAGAAAACGGAAACUCAAAUGAUAUGAUCAUUAAAGCGCGCCCCUUAACAAUUAGGAAACCACCGCUAAGCGAACAACCAAAACUGAGGAACGCGAAAAACGGCCUAAACAACAGACGUAUCGAAAUGCCUCCCGCAUUUCUUUUCCCAGAAAUGGAAGAUGACAAGGAGAGGCUAAAAAAGGAGGAACCGAUGAAUAAUAACAUAUCAAAUGGUAGCGAUAAGGAAGAUAAAGAUGUAUCUGAUAUAGUGGAGCAAAUAAGCUCAGUGGAUCUUAACCAGGAGUCUCGCAAUGAUGUGGUCCGAAGAUCUAAGAAGGGAAAUCUGAAGCAAGGGGGUAAGGCUCCGCUCGCGAGGCGAGUUAGCUUCGACCCUCUCGCUUUGUUGUUAGAUGCUAGUCUUGAGGGCGAAUUGGAACUUGUUAAGAAGACUGCAACACAGGUGCAAAAUGCAAGCGCUGCGAACGACGAGGGAAUUACAGCUUUACACAACGCCAUCUGUGCUGGCCAUUUCGAGAUAGUCAAGUUUUUAGUAGAGUUGGGUUGCGAUGUCAACGCCCAAGACUCCGACGGCUGGACUCCUCUCCAUUGCGCCGCGUCGUGCAACAACCUACCCAUGGUUCGAUUCCUUGUCGAUAAUGGCGCCUGCAUAUUUGCAACGACACUGUCAGACCACGAGACUGCAGCAGAGAAAUGUGAGGAAGAUGAAGAAGGCUUUGACGGCUGUUCAGAGUACCUCUAUAGUGUUCAAGAGAAACUAGGUAUAAUGAACAGCGGUAUAGUAUACGCCGUGUUCUCAUAUACGGCGGCGCGUUCCGACGAACUGACGUUCGAGACGGGCGCGAGGCUUCAGGUGCUGAGGAAGGGAGACGACAAUGAAAGGGAGUGGUGGUGGUGUCGAGAUGAUACGCAUGAGGGAUACGUGCCUCGGAACUUGCUUGGGUUAUAUCCGAGAGUAACCCCACAGCAAGAAUAAAAAUGGCUUAAGUAACGGACCUAAUAUGUAAAUAGUUAUUUUUUAUGUAUUUAUAAUAUGUAUUUACUUUACAUUGUAUACAAUUUUAUGAGAUAUAAUAUUUUGUAAAUAUUUAAUUAAGUUCGAAACAAAUGAGAUUAUAUUGUAGAUUUUAUAAAUAAUGAGUCAUUUUAAUUAAUUUGUACCUAAUAUAAUUGCAAAUUGUGAAAUAUUACACAUAAAUUGA